AUGACUGCUUAUUGGAGGAGGUAUUUCACCAAUCGUCGUUUGCCGAAGUCUGAAAGGGUCGUAUCUCAACCACUUACAACAGAAGAAAUCCUUGGAGCUGAGAAUGUUUUGAUUCAGCUUGUUCAGCGAAAUAGUUUUCCCGAAGAAUGGAAGGAUUUGGAAAAUCAACGACCAGUUUCGAACAAAUCUCAACUUCGUUGGUUCAACCCAAUUAUUGCCACAGAUAAGGUUCUUAGAAUUGGCGGUAGGUUGGGAAAGUCGGCUCAAUCGUACGCAUCGCAACACCAAAUAAUAUUGCCAAAAUCUCACGCUUUCGUCACACUUCUGGUACGAUCUUAUCAUGAACGUUUAUUGCACGCCGCAACCCAAUUACUCACUAACACACUUCGUUUACGUUUCUGGAUUCUCGGUGGUCGAACCACACCAAGGCUCAUAGUUCACUCCUGCGUAGUUUGUUUUCGAGCCAAGCCGAAAGCCAUACAGCAGCUUAUGGCUGAUCUGCCAUCGCCACGCGUAAAACCAUCAAGACCAUUUUCUAUCACCGGUGUAGAUUUCUGGGGACCAAUUUACCUAAAACCUCGUCACCGUCGUGAUGCACCUAUUAAGGCUUAUGCGUGCGUUUUUGUGUGCUUUAGCACUAAGGCCGUCCACCUCGAGAUUGUAACGAACCUUAGCACAGCAAAAUUUCUCCAAGCUCUCCGUCGAUUUGUUGGGCGUCGAGGCUUGUGCUCUGAUAUUUUCUCCGAUAAUGGGACGAAUUUCACUGGAGCUAAUAAUGAAAUUCGUCGCCUUCUAAAAACCAAAGACUUUCAACAUUCUGUUGCCCGCGAAUGCUCCGACAACGGAAUUCGCUGGCAUUUCAACCCACCCAGAGCUUCGCACUUUGGCGGACUUUGGGAGGCUGCCAUUGCAUCAGCCCAGAAACAUUUUGUUCGAGUUGUGGGGGACCGAAAAUUAGAAUUUGACGACAUGGAGACCCUGUUAGUUCAGAUCGAGUGUUGCCUGAACUCGCGUCCGCUCACCGAACUCACAAACGAUCCUACGGAUUUACGGCCGUUAACGCCCGGCCAUUUCUUGAUCGGCGAGGAACUGAAAUCUGUUCCCGACGAAAAUUGCCACAACAUUCCAUACAACCGGCUUCCACAAUGGCAGCAAAUCCAGAAAAUGCAGCAGGAGAUAUGGAGUCGCUGGAAUCUGGAGUAUCUACACACGCUCCAAUCUCGUACCAAAUGGUUCAAACCUCCGGUGGAGCUGAAAAAGGACCAGCUCGUUGUCCUUAUCGACGAGAAUCAACCGCCAAUGCGCUGGGCAAUGGCACGAAUCGUCGAUUUACAUCCUGGUUCCGAUGGAGUAGUUCGAGUCGUAUCACUACAGACACCCACCGGAAAAACAACCCGUUCAACAUCGAAAAUAUGUGUUCUUCCUAUUCCAUCGCCGUCCGAAGAACAAAAUUCAUCAAAAAUUUCCGAAUCACAGUAA